AUGUUUUUGGUCUGGUUUUUGGAAAGGAAAAUUGGUUGUAAGUUAUACGACUUCAUAUCAUAUCACUUAGAUAAUAUGACUGCCAACAAUCAAGAAGAUACCAUAUUAAAGAGAGACAGGAGAAGAAGAAAUCGAAAACGCCCUCGUACCAAAGCUCUCCGCCAGGAAAUUAGGGAAAAAAUUGAAAUUGCGUUGUGUACAAAUGAUUCGCCGAUUCACGGCUUGUUUAAAACAGAUUCAAAUUCUGUAGUUAGUGUGCCAUUUUCAUCGGUGAUAAAAUUGCUGAGCUUAGACUCAGAUAAAUACCAAAAACUAACUUAUCAAGCAUUAAUCAGUAUUGGAAAUUUGUCUAAAUAUUUUUCUGUCGUUGGUGAUUCGAAAGAAGUGCUUAAAAUUGUUUUGAAAGGCAUUAAUCCAGAUUGUAGUGCUACCACUGUUUAUGUUGACAAUUUACCUCUUGGUUGUGAAAUAGUUUCACUGCAGAAGUGGGCUUCUUUAUUUGGAACUGUUGUUUAUGUACACCCCAUUACUGAAAGAAAACAAGAGGGUGCACUUGUAUGUACAGAAAGAUCUUUCCAAAGUGCAUUCAUCAAAUUUUUAGAUAAGCAGUCACCAGUGAAGUUCAUCAAGGUAUCAUAUUUGAAUUUGCAGUUGAUCUUUCAUCAGUUAUUGAGAAAGAAAGCUGCUAGAGAACGAGGAAAGCGUCUUAAAUUAAAAUGGAAGUAUAAAAUGAGUGCAAUAAAAAAUGACGUUUCUGAAGUUUGGGAACCUCGCGCUUUAUGCUUGAGCAAUUCUAGUGACAUUGCGCAACAUGAAAGUCAAAGAAGAUCAAAAAAGCGAAGAAAAGAAUAUGGUUCUGAACAGGACGAUAUUCCUCGAAAAAAAUUUAAAACUAUUAAGAGUUCAAAAAAUGAUAUUGAUGCUGCUGUUGCUAAAUACAUGCCUAAAGCUGAGUACAAAAGGGAAGAAAAUAUUCAAAAAAAAGCUGUAGACAAUACUCCUGUACUGGUACCAGUUACUGCGCAAUCGUUAAAAAAAACUUACAGACAUGUUGGAACUGUAACUCCCAAAGAAUUUUUAGUGACGAAAACCAAUAAUAGCCGACCGAAACGUAGACGGCGAAGGCGUUAUCAAGUCAAACUGAAAGCUAUGGUCUCCCAUCCAACAAGAUAUUUUCGUCAUUUGCAAGCAUACUUUAGUCAUUUAUUUCUUAUCAAGCAUUUUGUUUCUCACUUCAUAAGUAGUUUCUUACUUUUUAGAGAAACGUUCCGAAAAUUGCGUGCAGCAUAUCAUGAUUUGCAGAAACAACAAAUGGUUAAGCUUAAAGCCAUUUUGAAAAAACAUCAAAUUCCUGUUAAUAUACCAGGUUUAAGUAGGAAAGAACGGAAAAAAAAACGUGGACGUACUAAAGUAUGUUGUGCAUAA